UGUAGAGUAGAACACCUUAAAGUUAAUUCACUUUUACCAAAUUCCUCUAUUGUUAAACAGUAUUCCUGUAUUGGUUAAUUUUUAAAAUCAUGAUUUGCCACACUUGACCUGUCCACUAGAAUGUAAGCUCCACGAGAGCAGGGGGGUUUGUGCCUGUUUUGUUCACUAUAGUAUACCUAGCACAUGGAAUAGUGCUUGGCACAGACCAGGCUUUCAGUAAAUAGUUGUUUGAACGAAUGAAUUGGUUUUAUCAUCUAUAAGCCUUUUGUUCCAUAUUAGAAGAAAUUUUUUAUAUAGAUUAUCUGAAUAAUUAUUUUAAUUCUUAAGAAAGCUAUUAAUUUUCUGAAAAAUGUUUUCAAAUUGUUUAGAAGGCUCUAUGUCAGUCAGGGACCAGUCAGGGGAACAGAAAUCACUGUUGGUUGUAUAAGCAGAGGGAAUUUAAUAUACAGAAUAGGUUAUGCAGCUGACGUAAGAGCCAAGAAGCUAAACACAGGCUGGUGUGGCACCCCAGAGAUUAGCAAUGCCUGGGAGCUACUACACCACUAAGGAAAAUAGAAGGUAUAGAUGUUAGUGUCACCAAGGCCUAGAAGCCUGAGCUGUAUGGUAUGAGAUAGAAGCAUGGAAAGAGGAGCUGCCUCAUGGCAGCUGGAACCCAGUCUGAAUAAGAGAGAGAGCAUUACCUGGGCUUCUCACAGCUCCUACCUCUUAUCCUGCCCAAUGCCUCCAGUCAACAGAACUUAUCUAGAAGUCAGAGGGCAAGGGAACCUGGGAGAUGUAGUUCCCUGUGAUAGAGCAGAGCAAGGAAAGGCAGGUUCCCAGCAUGAAAAGGCAAGGACAUAAAUGGCAUUCUUUCUCGUUACAGUAUUCGAAUUAUUUUGGACCAGAGAUAAGAAGGGUUUUUAGGCAGAUACAAUCUUGUGUGCUUGUAAAGGAUCUUGACUGGUGCUAAAACAACAAUUAGUCCCAGGAAGUAAUGUAACCACUCAUUCAUAACCUAUAUAAUUAGGGUGUGUGAGUAGGCAAAUUGGCUUCUGUUGAAUCUAUAUUUGAGUAUUGGCCACCGCCAGGAGUGUUUUAUCGUUUGAUUUCUCAGAAAAUAAUUUCCCACCCUGUAAAUUCUAGGAAGCCUUAGAUACAGUGUAUCUAUGUUGAGCUGUGUCAUCUACAACUGAACGUCUUGAAUUGAUAACACAGAAGAUGUAUAGAGAGAAUUUUGAGGUCUGUAGUCUUAAAACAUGGUAUAGCUUAGUCUUUUCUUGAUCAUUAGGGUAAUCUCAGUGAGCCUAUUUUUCCUUGUGCCAAACAUCAUUUUAACUAGUCAUAUUGAUUGGGUUUGUUCUCCCCAACAACUUCAGAUAGGUUAGCAUUGGGUGAGGGGGGUGAGAAUCACUGGAUCUGGUUUCUUCUACUCUGAACCUGAAAAGUGUUUUGUAAGGAAAGUUGCUGCUGCUUCAUUUAAAGUCAAACCUUCCCAAGCUAUUGCUACUAGUUUUCUUCUUCAUUAUAGGAGUGUUUGAUAAGUUACAUGAUACAAGUUCAGCCCUCUCUGGUAGUGCUUUUUUUGUCAAUCGGGUCACCUGCAUUUGGGCCCUUGCUACAUUGAUGGAAUUAGUGGAACUAGGCCAGCAGAGGUUUUCUAUGUAGUGUGAGUAUAUUUGCUUUUAGGCUGCUACUUCCCACAGAGGCCAUGGGUAAAGGACUCUCAUUGUUUGAGUAAAGUUACCAACUGUAAAAAUUGCAUAGAUUAUAUUGCUUUUCUCUUUUUUCCAAAAACAAAAAAUAAUUUCCUUUUGGCAGGUGUUGCUAUAAUUCAUAGAUGUCAUUAAAAUGUAACUCAGUAUUUUAAAAAGCAUUAUCAGACUGCUUUCCAGAGUACCGGUUCUUUUCAGCCAGUCCAUUCAACUUAAAAGGUACAUCUAUGCAUUUUUGAAGCCUCAUGUUUAAUAAAUAUAAUAUUUCGCUAUUGUAUUUGACUCUUCCCUUUCCCAAACUUUCUCCUUCCCUACCCCACUCUUCUGGAUCCUGUAUUUCCCCACAGGCUUUGUGAAUGCUGGUCCAUUGAUGGCUGAACUGCAGGUCUCUCCCCAGUGGAAAACCCCAGAGAUGAGCCAAAUCUGCCUUCAGCUGUGGCCAUCCAUCAGCGGCCACGAUGGGCCUCCUGGAACAUUGGUGUGUUCAUCUGCAUUCGAUGUGCUGGAAUCCACAGGAAUCUUGGGGUGCACAUAUCCAGGGUAAAGUCAGUUAACCUUGACCAGUGGACUCAAGAACAGAUUCAGUGUAUGCAAGAAAUGGGGAAUGGAAAGGCAAACCGACUUUAUGAAGCCUACCUUCCUGAGACCUUUCGGCGACCCCAGAUAGACCCAGCUGUUGAGGGAUUUAUUCGAGAUAAAUAUGAGAAGAAGAAAUAUAUGGACCGAAGUCUGGACAUCAAUGCCUUUAGGAAAGAAAAAGAUGACAAGUGGAAAAGAGGGAGUGAACCAGUUCCAGAGAAAAAAAUGGAGCCUGUUGUUUUUGAGAAAGUGAAAAUGCCACAGAAAAAAGAAGAUCCACAGCUACCUCGGAAAAGCUCCCCGAAAUCCUCAGCACCUGUCAUGGAUUUGUUGGGCCUUGAUGCUCCUGUGGCCUGCUCCAUUGCAAAUAGCAAGACCAGCAAUACCCUAGAGAAGGAUUUAGAUCUUUUGGCCUCUGUUCCAUCCCCUUCUUCUUCUGUUUCCAGAAAGGUUGUAGGUUCCAUGCCAACUGCAGGGAGUGCCGGCUCUGUUCCUGAAAACCUGAACCUGUUUCCGGAGCCAGGGAGCAAGUCAGAAGAAACAGGCAAGAAACAACUCUCUAAAGACUCCAUCCUUUCACUCUAUGGAUCCCAGACACCUCAGAUGCCUACUCAAGCAAUGUUCAUGGCUCCAGCUCAGAUGGCAUAUCCCACAGCCUACCCCAGCUUUCCUGGGGUUACACCUUCUAACAGCAUAAUGGGGAGCAUGAUGCCCCCACCAGUAGGCAUGGUAGCUCAGCCAGGAGCUUCUGGGAUGGUUGCCCCCAUGGCCAUGCCUGCAGGCUACAUGGGUGGCAUGCAGGCGUCAAUGAUGGGUGUGCCGAAUGGAAUGAUGACCAGCCAGCAGGCCGGCUACAUGGCAGGCAUGGCAGCUAUGCCCCAGACUAUGUAUGGGGUUCAGCCAGCUCAGCAGCUGCAGUGGAACCUUACUCAGAUGACCCAGCAGAUGGCUGGGAUGAACUUCUAUGGAGCCAACGGCAUGAUGAACUAUGGACAGUCAAUGAGCGGCGGAAAUGGACAGGCAGCAAAUCAGACUCUCAGUCCUCAGAUGUGGAAAUAAAAACAAAAUACCCGUGUGGCUGCCACUCUCCUCAGCCCUUGCUCUCCCUUUUCUUUCUUUUUCUCCACUCCCCCCCACCUCCCAGUCCUCUUUUCCUACCUCUCUCUGUUUGAUUAAGAAAUUGCUCAAUAAGUCAUUUGGGAUUGGGCAUCCUGCCCAGCCCAGCCACUCCCCAAUACAUGAAGACCUCUCUGUUGCUUUAUGUUGUACAUGCCCCUUAGCCAUCCCAACUUCUCCCCCAGGCACUCAGCCCCUAGUCCUCCCCUGGCACCAGCACCUUAGAAAUUGUUGGCAGAAGGCACUUAAACUGUGGGAGAAAUGUGCAUACCUUUGAGUACCUUCCUUCAAGGUUAAACCUCCAGGAAAGGUCUGUAGGUGUCAUGUAUUAGGCAAAGAGGGGAAAGUUUGGAGGUCCUCCUAUACAUGUUAAUAAGCUAUUUCUAAGUGUUUAAAUUUGAAGAGGGAGGCAUCAUGUUAUCCAUGAUUCGUGGGAAUGAAGAAAGUACUGAAAUCAAAUCCUCCUUGGGCUUUGGUUCAAGUUGACCCUGCUCCUGGGGUGAGGCAAGCCCCCUCCUGUGAGGAUGAGCAAAAAUAUUACUCUCUUUCCCUGAGUUGCUUUCUGGAUCUGGGGCUUCAGGAGUUGCUGCUUCAGUCCGCCUUUACUAGCACCAAAGACUUUAUGAGGAUCGCACUCACAAACACAUGUCCCUUUCCCGCCCCCUAACUGCCUUCAGUAGGAUCUGACUCCAUGGCUGGAGGACCAACCCCUACAGUGGGAACGCAGAGCUUAGCGUGUGUACUGCUCGUGUGCGUUUGUGUGUGUGUGUGUGUGCGUGCGCGCGCGCAUGUGUGUAUUUUGCCUCCCACUCUCUCCCCAUCUGCUCUGGGUGUUUUUGUUUUUUUAGUUUUAGGUUUAUAGCAGAGAGGAGUUAAUUUAUCAACAGCCUACAACUGUUGCCAGUUUUUCUUGUAGUUUAAAAAAAUUGCCAUCUCACCUAUAAGCGCCCUUUCUGCUUUCCCUUCUCCCAGUCUGCCAAUCACUCUUUCAUGCCUGUGUGUCCCGGGUGCUUUGUAUCGCCUUUCCCCAGUGUGUGAGGCACAGGGCCUGGACAGCUUUCCUCUCAGUCAUUGUUCACCCCACUUGAAAAUUCAAACAAGAAAACUUUGCUUAAAAGAUUUCAUGUGUGGGAACCACAAUUCCUGGUUGCCUUUCUCCUGUGUAUGUGUAAAUUCCUUAAAUAAAUAUUGCAGGGAAGGA